AAUACUACCUUCUGUUCGGUUUUAUUUGCAACAUAGGUAGUGGGCACAAUAAUUAAGACAUCUAUCUUUACUUGAUAGCUUUACAAAUGACAAGCAUUACAAAAAGGAUGUAGAGUUCUAAUGUCCACAUAUACUAUCAUUACAAAAAGCAACGUAGUGCUCAUCUACAGUACUCCAGGCUGUCUACUGGGGUGUUAUGAAACAAAAAAAAUUCAAACUUCCCUCCUAGAACAGUUUACGCACCAAAACUUUUAACUUCCUUCUAUAAAUACCAUCAACCCAUCAUACACAAUCCAUAAACUUCUCCAAAGGCAAAAAACAGAUUUCACUGCUGCAGUAACUAUGGAUGAAGAAAUACCAGUUUCAGAGCUUCUUCAGUUGGAGGUGGAUGCCAUGUGUGAUGACUUUGAUGUUGAGCCAGAACUAGAAGUAUUCUCUUCCUUGUUUUCUGAAAGUCACAAUGAGGUAGGAUCUGAAUCACAAACAUCAGAAAUUGUUCCCAAAAAAGUAAAUCUCACAAAUAAUUAAAGGAAGCACUUGGUAGAAAAACUUUUAAUGUUGAGUGAUGGUAAAACCUUACCCAAAGGUGCUGUGUCAACAGUUGCAGCGGAAUUUAAAGUUCAUAGAACCACUGUUUGGAGGAUUUGGUCUGCAGCUAAAGUUCAAUUAGCUGGGGGUACAUUAGUGGAUGUUCAAAGUCAAAGAAGGGGAAAGGUAGGGAGGAAACCUAAAGUUUUUGAUUUGGAAAUCUCAAGGCUGUGCCUAUUCAACAAAGAACCACUAUUCGAUCUUUGUCUUCUGCCCUUGGGAUUAGCCACUCGGCAGUCUAUCGGCUACUUAGAACAGGGCAACUUAGAGCCCACACAAACAGUAUUAAGCCCAAACUUAAUCACAUGCACAUGAGGAGGAGGCUUAUUCACAUUAUGGGUCAAGUAAUUCCAAGGACAGUGAACACAAUACCUAAAUUUUCAGGUAUGUACAACAUGGUUCAUAUAGAUGAAAAGUGGUUUUACAUGUCACAAAAAACUCAAAGGUUUUAUCUAUUUCCUUGGGAGGAAGAACCCUAUAGGAGCUGUCAGAACAAAAACUUUAUUGGCAAGGUUAUGUUUUUUGGUGCUGUGGCUAGGCCACAUAUACUACCGUAUCUGAUUCGGGUCAAGUUCUAUGGGACGGAAAAAUAGGGAUAUUUCCAUUUACCGAAAUUGUUUAUGCACAAAGGAGAUCAUGUAAUAGGGAGGCAGGAACCCCAGAAUUAAAAGCCAUACAAUCUGUGUCACAAACAGUUAUUAAAUCGAAGUUAAUAAAUUCAAUCUUGCCGGCUAUAAGGGAACAUUGGCCAUCUAAUGCAUGCAAGGAUAUUUGGAUUCAAUAGGAUAACGCUAGGCCUCACUUUGGUGUUAAUGAUGUGCAAUUCAUGGAGGCUGCCACUUUAUUUGGUUUCAAUAAAAGACUAACAUGCCAACCUGUCCAAAGUCCAGAUUUGAAUGUACUCGAUCUAGGUUUUUUUAGAGCUAUACAAUCUAUUCAAUAUAAGGCUUUUCCUAAGACGGUUGGUGAACUAGUUGGUGCUGUCCAGGAUGCAUUUUACUCUUUUGAACCAAGGCUGUUAAACUACACAUGGGUACACCUUCAAUACAUAAUGCUGGAAAUAUUGAAGGUAAGGGGAGGUAACAACUAUAAGAACCCCCACAAUGCUAAAAGAAAGCUGGACAGUUUGGGUGUUCUACCAACACAAGUUGAAAUUCCAGAAGAACUCAUUGAAGAAACAAAUAAUUUCUUGAUGGAGGGCCAAAUUUUGGUGAAUACAACAAUGCUAAAUUAGUGCAUCAAGAAAGGAGGUCCUUACUUUUGGUGGUGCCAGUAUUAAGUUUGAAAUCUUUUUGCUUUCACAGGGAUGUAAACUUUGCCCAAGUUUACUGCCCAAAUUUUGUAAAUGUUGCCACAGUUUAUUAGGCUACUCUUAAGGGGUUGUAAACUUAUUAUAGUGUAACUACUUUCAAACUUUAUUUUGCUCCAGAUGACUCAAUCUAAAUGCACUAACUUGUAUGUUUGCAAAUCACUACAUGUAAUAUGGAAAGGAUAUUCAGAAAUGCUAAUACUUUAGUCAACAAAAAUCACACCAUGUCAAUAAAUCUAUAGGCACGAAUAAUGUCAAUCUACCACAAUUCUUCGUAUAAAGUCAUGCAAAAUUUAACAGACCAAAAUCAACAGAAAAUUCAUUUUGGGCAUUCAGAAACCAAAUGAACAGAAUGCAACCAAAUCCACAAAUCAACAAAUUUUAGCCAACUGUAUUUUUUUGUAAUUAAACCUAAAUACUAGUAUAAAAAAAAUACCGUUUUUAGAUUCCUCAGGAAACUGGAUUGGCCGCAAGAUUUUGAAGAACAUCAUUAGGUAACUGCUCAUCUCACGGAAAAUGGGAUUGUAAACCAUACCCACCUUUUUGCAGAUUUAAGUGCAAGCUCUGUUUUCUAAUUUGUGUUAAUCUUGAUUGAUCUCUUUCUCAUUCUCUUCAGUCGCAGAAUGUCAAGGAGGAGUAGUAGGAGCGCCGUCUUCACUCGCAUAAUAUCGAGGGGGAGUAGUAGGACCGAUAGUUUGAUGUCAUCGACGGCUAUUUGUGGUGCCUCCAUCUUAACAGUGCUAGAAUGAAAUAGAAAAAUAGGGAGCAAGUGGGUAGAAGAUGAUAAAGAAAGCAAUAGAUAAGAAUGGUUGAAUAUACGGAGAAGAUAAGGGAGGGUUUCUU